CUCUGUCCAGAUUUGGUUUGCUAAACAAACUCUCUCAUCUUGCUCUUCACUCUACGCGGUUUUCAUCAUCAUCAAUCACAGAUCAUAUGAAGAACAAAAGCUUGAUGAAAUUUCUCCAGUGUCUCCAAGCUAUUAUCUCAUUUGAUUCCAUCUUCUGCUUAAUUUUGAGCCGUGCCAAUAUCACGUUUGCUUCAUUUUAAUACUUCUCUCUUUUUUCUUUUUUCUUUUUUUGAAAAAUAAGCAAAAAAAUUAAUAAAUAUUCAUUUGUCACAUUUUCUUCUUAUCUUUUUCCAUUUUUUUGUUUGUUUGAUCAAAUAAAUGAUAAAUUUUCAU